ACCGUUUCAUCCUGUUUGCUUGAGAAAAACUCUUUCACUCCAUCUCCUCAGGUGCACUAGACCAGAGCUGCACAAAAUGCAAACCACAGGGCAUUCAGCAAGAAGAACCCGGCAUACUUGUGACGUAUAUUAACUUCUGGCGCAGAAUCUUAAAGAAAACGACUCGAAUUUAUAUCCACGACUCAGUGAGGACAAAAUAACAAGCCUGUGUGUGUUUGAAGUGUGUGUGUGCUCGCGCAGUCUCACUGCCGCCGAAUUGCAUUACCGCACGUUUGAACCGCACAGACUCCCCUUUCAGCGCUUAUUGGAGUGUCUUUAAGGACAUGAGGUGGUUUGACCGCACGAUCAUGCCGUCGUUGAGGCCGUGAUUGCGUAGCAGUGCUCCAGGCCCCUUCUGAGCCUCCGGCCACCCACCAGGCAGCCGCAGCAUGUCCAGUUCAGGAUUUCCCCCCAGCCAGGGGUCCUUCAGCAGCGAGCAGAGCCGUUACCCACCACACUCAGUGCAGUACACCUUCAGCUCCUCACGCCACCCGACGGAGUUCUCGGUUCCCGACUACCGUUCCCCACUGCAGGACCAGCAGCGCCGCAGACCUUCAUUACUGUCCGAAUUCCACCCUGGGACUGAGAGGCCGCCGGAGCGCAGACAUGGUUAUGAGCAUCAGUUUCAUACCCUCUCAGCUCAGCAGGAUCAGGAAACUCUUGAGGCCAAGCGUCCCCGCAUCGAGAAUGUAUCAGAAACGCACUUUACAAGAGCUCAGCCCACUAGCAUCUUACUGGCCCCUGCACACACCAUACAGGACACCAUCAGGACCACUGGAGAAGUCAAGAAGGAAACCCAGUUUAGUGUGAAGGUGGAGACCUCAUCCCCAGGUGGAGUUCCACAGGUGGGUGAGGAUGCGGACACGUCGCCCUCCAAACUCUCCAAAGAGGAGUUGAUUCAGAGCAUGGACCGUGUGGACCGUGAGAUUGCCAAGGUCGAGCAGCAGAUUUUCAAACUGAAAAAGAAACAGCAACAACUGGAAGAUGAGGCAGCAAAGCCAGUAGAGCCAGAAAAGCCAGUGACGCCGCCCCCUGUGGAGCACAAACAUCGCAGCAUUGUCCAGAUCAUUUAUGAUGAGAACCGGAAAAAGGCUGAAGAAGCCCAUAAGAUACUGGAAGGGUUGGGGCCUAAAGUGGAGCUGCCUCUGUACAACCAGCCCUCUGAUACUAAAGUCUACCAUGACAACAUUAAGACGAAUCAGAUAAUGAGAAAGAAGCUGAUCCUGUUUUUCAAGAGGAGGAACCAUGCACGCAAACAGAGGGAGCAGAAAAUUUGCCAGCGGUAUGAUGAGUUGAUGACUGAGUGGGAGAAAAAAGUUGAGCGGAUGGAGAACAACCCACGCCGUAAAGCCAAAGAGAGCCGUACACGGGAAUACUACGAGAGGCAGUUUCCUGAGAUCCGCAAACAGCGUGAGCAACAGGAACGCUUCCAGAGGGUGGGCCAGAGGGGGACAGGCCUGUCUGCCACCAUCGCAAGAAGUGAACACGAGAUAUCCGAGAUCAUUGACGGCCUCUCGGAGCAGGAGAACAAUGAGAAGCAGAUGAGGCAGUUGUCAGUCAUUCCUCCAAUGAUGUACGAUUCCGAGCAACGGAGAGUGAAGUUUAUCAACAUGAACGGUCUGAUGGAUGACCCAAUGAAAGUCUACAAAUCCCGUCAGUUCAUGAAUGUCUGGACCGAACACGAGAAGGAGAUCUUCAAGGAAAAGUUUAUGCAGCAUCCAAAGAACUUUGGGCUGAUAGCUUCAUAUCUGGAGAGAAAGUGUGUGUCUGAUUGUGUGCUGUACUAUUAUUUGACUAAGAAGAGUCAGAACUAUAAAACUCUUGUCAGACGAAAUUUUGGAAAUCGGAGGAAUCGAAGGAAUCAGCAGAUAACGCGACCUUCACAGGAAGACAAGACAGACGAAAAGAACGAAGAGGACAAAUCGGAGAAAUCAGAGAAGAAAGAGGACGAGGAGAAGAAGGAAGAGGAGGAGAAAGAUGAAAAGGAGGACUCCAAGUAUGUAUCAUGGGACAUCAGUAAAGAUAAAGAGAAGUGUGAGGGAGAGGAGGAAGAGGGUAAGGAGCAGAGCACGCCACGCGGCCGAAAGACUGCCAACAGCCAAGGCCGCCGCAAGGGCCGCAUCACCACCCGCUCCAUGGCCAAUAAUGAGGCUUCGUCUGUGGUGGCUGAAGAAGCACCUCCACCGCCACCUGAGCAAGUUUUGCCAGAGCCCAUACCCUCUUCUAAACCUGAACCAGUGCAGAGACCAGCUCGAGAGGCUGCAAAACCCUCUCUCGCAGCCAGCGCAGACACGCGAGGCGCGGUUGAAGCUGGAGAGACGUCUCGCUGGACAGAGGAUGAGAUGGAGAUCGCCAAAAAAGGGCUGGUUGAACAUGGUAGGAACUGGUCAGCCAUUGCUAAGAUGGUAGGCACUAAGAGUGAAGCUCAAUGUAAGAACUUUUACUUCAACAACAAGAGACGUUACAACCUGGACAACCUGCUACGGCAACAUAAGGAUUCCCGGCUCGGUAGAAAUCGAGACUCAUCACAGAGCGAUCCUGCGCCUGAUGAGGAUGAGGAGAGUGACGGUCCCGAUAACAGUUCGGACACAGAGAGUGCACCGUCUCCAUCUCAAACCGACCCCUCCAAACCUUAUGACUCGCUAACUCAUCCCAACUCAGCUCUGGACGGCGCAUCGGACCUAGAUGUCACGGCAAACAAAGGCCCGGUGGCAGAUGACAAGGGCCAGGAGCCUCCGUACGGCGAGCUGCAGGUGAAAGUAGAGAAGAGUCCAGAAGGAGGUGCUGGAGACGGGCUUCCUGAAGAUGAACGAACAAACUUGGCAUAUGAAAUGCAGAUCCAUCCAAAGAGUGAGCCGCAGGAUGUGGAGAUGACUGCUCCCAACAGUGAAAGAGGUCAGGUGCAAGUGAAGACUGAGCCGGAGGUCAAGGACAAGGAGGAGAAACAGGGGGAGCAGCACCACUCUGAUAAUGACUCUAGCGCCACCUGCAGUGCGGAUGAGGAUGUGGAGGUUGAACCUGACCGACAAAGACUUUACUCUCUGGAGAAGCCGUCAAUGCUGGGCGCUUCAGGCUCAGUGGUCGUAUCUUCAGCCAAUCUCCUCAACAUGCAGCAGCUUCGGGCCGCCACCAUCCCCCCUAUGGUCAGUCCCCAUAGCCUCUACCCCCACUUAGCAUUCAGAUAUGCCCCUCUGGACAGAGACAGGGCCCAGCCACCCCGCCACGUUUCAGCUCCAUUUGGUCACAGCAGCGUUUCUGGAGGUCCAUUGAGCGGCUUUGCUAUGUUCCAGCACCAAAUCAAAGCUGUGCAUGAGUCUGUGCAGGAGGACAAACAGAGACUGGACCAGAACGAGUCUGAUCGCAGACCACGAGUCACCACCCGCAGCCCCACUGUACUGGACAGAGAAGGUAAGCCGUUCGCUUACAUGCCAUAUGAUCUGAAGCUGAUGGAACAGGAAACUCAUGGUGGAGUGGGCAGACCUGGCUCUCCAUACAGACUCUCUCCUCGGGAGCCUAGCAAAGCCUCACCCCAGCCCGAUGGCAGUAACGCCACUCGCUAUAGUGUACCUCCAGUUCUUCAGCCAGCACCAAACCAGGCUGCUCAAAACCUUUCAGAUGUCCGCAUGACGUUCUCCCGCCACAGGCCGCCCAAUAUUCCAUCUCCUCCACCCCUCAUUCCCACCUCUAAACCUACAGACAAGCCCUCCUUCAUUCAGGGGGGCUCCAUUUCACAGGGAACACCGGGAACAUACCUUCCAUCUCAAACACAUGCUGUGUACGUACCGGAAGUAGUCAAGACCACAGCAGGAUCGAUCUCACUCGGCUUGCCAAGACAGCAAGAUGCUGCCAAACCUGGUGAGAGGCAAACGAGAGUGUCUUAUAUUAAGCAGGAGGAGUGUUCUCCACGUGGACAGAGUGCUCAGGCAGAGGGUCUCUUAUCCAGAGCAAGAGAUUAUGAGGGAGUAGUCAGAGGAGGACCCAUACAGAUUCAGGACAUGAGAGGGCCACCUGGAAAAGGCCCAGAGGGCUUGACGUAUAGAGGUGGCUCCAUUACGCAGGGAACUCCUGCCCUGACUCAGUCCAGUGUAGCAGUGGAUCACUUGAAAGGCACUAUUGGUAAACUGUCCACAGAGGACCUGAGCGGCCCAGAGAAGAGCCGAGCUGAAGCCCAUUCUAAAGCUCACGUCAUCUACGAAGGCAAAAGCGGACACAUCCUCUCUUUUGACGCUAUUAAGAACCCUAGAGAGGGCACUAGAAGCCCACGGAUGGGGCACGAUCUCAAGCGCACAUAUGACAUCAUGGAGGGGUCCCCUGGACACCCAGGACGUGAUGCGGCACCUUAUGAAGGUUUGAUAAGCAGAGCAUUGCCGAAAGAAAGUCAACACGAGUCUAAGGAUCGAUCCAUACUCUCAGGGUCCAUCAUGCAAGGAACUCCAAGAACAUCUGCUGAAUUCUAUGAUGAGGCCUCCAAGUAUGGUAAACAGAUCAAGAGGGAAAGUCCACCCAUACGCUCUUUUGAGGGAGGCAUCACGAAAGGUAAACCAUACGAGGGCGUGAACACCAUAAAGGCGACGGGCCGCUCAAUUCAUGAGAUUCCCCGUAAGGAGACCCAAGAUAGUCGCAAAACUCCCGUUCUGGAAGGACCCAUUGCUCAGGGUAUUCCUCUGAAGUAUGAGAGCAGUAGCGGGAACCCAUUGGCCAUCAAGCACAAUGUUAAAUCUCUGAUUACAAGCCCAGGGAAGAUCUCACACUCUGCCAUCGAGGCGGCUGAGCGUGAGAGGGCCAAGUACGAAGAUGUUAAGGCAUCCGAGCGCGUCCGACACACAAACUCUACGUCUGUCCUGCGCUCCACACACACAGAGGUGGGAAAAGCUCAGCUCAGUCCAGGCAUGUAUGACGACAGCAAUGCACGCAGAACCCCUACAUACACAAGCACCUCCAUAUCCAGAGGAUCACCCCUACUGCGAGGGCAAGAGGGAAGUAUAACAACAGGUAAACCAGCUUCUCACGAGAGGAAGAGCGCACUGACACCAACCCAGAGAGACAGUAUUCCCGCCAAGUCACCUGUUUCCGGGGCUGACCCUCAUGGCUCUCACAGCCCCUUUGACCCUCACCACAGACCUGUGGUACCUGGAGAGGUGUACCGGACUCACCUGGCACCACACAUGGACCCCAGCCUCGCCUUUCACCACAGAGUCCUGGAACCAGCAGCAUACAUGUUCCAACGGCAACCAUCGCCUACAGGUUACCCCAACACUUACCAGCUGUACACCAUGGAGAACACUCGGCAAACCAUUCUGAACGAUUACAUCACCUCGCAGCAGAUGCAGGUCAUACCGCGCCCUGAUGUUGCAAGGGGACUGUCACCACGUGAACCGUCCAUUGGCAUCCCAUACCCACCUACUAGAGGAAUAAUUGAUCUAGCCCAGAUGCCACCUACCAUCCUGUUACCUCACCCUGGGGGGGCAGGUUCCCCCUCCCUGGACCGCAUCACCUACAUCCCUGGACCUCAGAUCCCUUUCCCUCCUAGGGCAUUCAACCCUGCCUCCAUAUCUCCAGGACAUCCUGCCCAUCAUAGUGCCAGUGCAGCCAUUGUGGAUAGGGAACGUGAGAGGGAAAGAGAGAGAGAUCAGAGAGAAAGGGAACGCGCCGCAGUAGAAUAUAUGCGUGGAGGUCCUGAACAGCCUGGCCGACCAGGCAGCCGUAGUUUCCUGCGUUCCACCUCACCGUCCGUGCGAUCACAGGAGGGCGUCCUCCAGCAGCGGCCGAGCAUCUUCCAGGGCACCAACACUAAGAGCGUCAUUACCCCACUCAUGCAAAUGCCCUCUCAAGCGUCUGCAGCUCAAGCCAACUCCCGAUACAACAAUGCAGCUGACGCCCUUGCCGCCCUGGUGGACGCUGCUGCCUCUGCCCCGCAGAUGGAUGUUGCGAAAGUCAAGGAGAGCAAGCAUAAUAACAGUAGCUCCCGGGAUGACGACAUGAUGUCAUCACGGCGGGCAGCACAGGAGUCGCAGGAGGUGGAGCGCCGUUCCAUGCAGUCGCCAUAUGGGGACGUGUCACUUCCUGGUGGGAAACCUUCCCAUCCUGUGUAUGCGGAGGGUGGAGGAGCUGCAGGGAGCAAAGAGAAAGCCCCACCCACGAAGUCACGCAUGGAGGAGGAGCUACGCACACAUGGGAAAACCACCAUAACUGCUGCAAACUUCAUUGAUGUCAUCAUCACACGCCAGAUUGCCCCAGAUAAGGAUUCCCGUGAGAGAGGCUCACAGAGCUCUGACUCCUCCAGCAGCAUGUCAUCCAGUCGUUAUGAGGCUCAAGGGGCAAUCGAGGUGAUCAGCCCUGCUAACUCUCCAGCCCUGAGAGAAGAGAAGAAUGAAGGACCUUUCCCAUCAGAAAAGAGCUCUCAGCCAACCACAGGAUUGAGGUUUGACAUUAGCCGGUACAGGCAGUCAGAAGACUCAGGACCUUCUGCACCCCACCAGCCCCCCUCCUCACAAGCAGACAGUUAUGGGCCCGUCCCUAAAACACACCGCAUCAUGACCCUCGCUGACCACAUUUCACACAUUAUUACACAAGACUUUGCCAAGAGCCAGGAUCCUCCUCCAUCAUCAACUUCGCUGCCUUCCUCUUCAUCCUCCUCUUCACUCUCCUCCACAUUCCAGAGUUCUGGUAUGGGAGGUGUUGUAGGUCGAGUUAAACCCCCUAACCGCUAUAGCCCAGAAAACCCAGCUCCAACUACACACCACCAGAGACCACCAAGCAGAGUAUCUCCUGAGAAAUCUUCCGAUAAACCAAGAGCCAGGCCAGGCAGGUCUCCUGAUCGAGGUCGAGGGCUUGUCGAGGGCAGCUAUGAGCCCAUUUCUCCUCCUCAGGGCUAUUCUGGGUUAGAUAAACAGGAGGCCAGUAUGCUGCAGAGUCAGAGACGAGAGCAUGAGGUCCCCGAACAGAGGACUGACUCGCGCUCCCCAGGCAGUGGCAGUUACCUGCCCUCAUUUUUCACCAAACUGGAGAGCACGUCUCCUAUGGUUAUGUCCAAAAAGCAGGAGAUCUUCCGGAAAGCAGAAGUCGGUAAUGCUCAGCCAGGCACAGAGAUCUUCAAUCUCCCGGCAGUAACAUCAUCAAGCAGUGUAAACCCUAGAAACCACUCAUUUAGUGAUCCAGCCAGUAAUCUGGGUCUGGAGGACAUCAUCAGGAAAGCUCUGAUGGGCAAUAUGGAGGAGAAGCAGGAGGACCAGCAGCAGGCUCACCUUGGGACUGGAAACACUUCAGGAAGCAUGAGCAGUAUUUCAGAGAGCCGACAGGAGGCCAGCCCGUCCCCUAACACAGGUUCAUGCUCAGGAAGGCAGAAGCUUCAGAGCAAAGCUAGCAGCAGGAAAUCAAAGUCCCCGAACCCAGGCCAGGCGUACUCUGCCGGAGAGCGUCCCUCUUCUGUGUCCUCCGUUCAUUCGGAGGGUGAUUACCACAGACAGGCUCCCACCUGGGCUUGGGAGGACCGGCCGUCAUCCACAGGUUCCAUGCAGUUUCCUUAUAACCCCCUGACUAUGCGCAUGCUCAGUAGUACCCCUCCCACCUCCAUGGCCUGCCCAUCUCCCUCCAUGCAGUCCCAGCAGCAGCCACAGGGUGGCGCCUCUGGCCCUGUGGCCCCAACGCGAGCUUGGGAGAGAGAGCCACCGCUACUGUCAGAGCAGUACGAGACCCUCUCGGACAGCGACGACUGAGGCAGGUGACCCGCCUCCCUCUCCUACACAAGCGUCCAUGCCUCACCAUCGCCCUUCUUUCACUGUCUUUAUGAAUCCCACUCACUGCCUCUCGAGAGUGAGAUUCUACUGGGGAGGAGGUCGUACGUUUGGUGCUAACUAGUGCCGACUGGUGGUCAGAAAGAGCAUUGCUUAGAGCCACUCAUUUUCAGGAUUGAACCGAUGCUUUGAUUUUUGGCCCGUAAUCCAAAAGGAUUAAAAAGAACUUGUAAAGAGACUUGUUUUCUGAAAAUUUGCUUCUGUAAAGAUUUUGUUUGUCUUUAAAAAAAAAAAGAAAAAUCAAUGUAUGUAAAUAGAGAGUAACCUUUUGCAGUGUUUUUCAUUUAACAAUUUUUUUCUGCAUUUUAACUUUGCUUUUUAAAUUUAUCCCAGUUGGAUGAAUGGAUGGAACUAGACGCGUGGGAAUUAUUGUGGUCAGUCGGGGGAAGAACAUUGAACUUCCCACAUCUGAAAGUGUAAUGGUCUUGUCAAGACUACUCCCAACGAAACGCAAAAAGGACUUUGUUACGUUUGCCCCCUCAGAUGUGGACCCUGUCUAUGCAGCACUGUUGAGAUGUGUUCUGCACUGUUGAGAUGUGUUCUGCACUGUUACUUCUGGAAGGAAGUCACACUCUUUCAUCAACUGUUAUAGGAGGACAGGCCUAAAUGAAAGAUGGCAUCAGCCUUUUCUGUUGUGGGAGUCUUAUUCACAGUAAAACUUCAGAUAUGAGAUGAAUGUUUCUUCUGUUUUUCUCUCGCUUUUCUUUUCGACUUGGUUCUAAUCUUCAGCAGUGGCAGAUCUGUUCAGAGUGUUUGACCAUACAGUUGAAUGUCUGACAGUUGGAUUUGCGAGAGUCCUCUGUUGCUAAUCAUAAAGGAGCACGUAUGACGUGUGGAUUCUGUCAAAAUGUGUUUUGUUUUUUUUUGUUUUGUUUUUUCCCUCCUAGACCACAUAACAAAUACAAAGACAAAAAAAGGAAGUAUCAAACUUGGUACAUCUCUGCACCAUUGUUGCACUUUUUUCCUUAGUAAUUUUGAGAAGCUUAAAAUCAUACUACCUGUAAUCUAAGUUAUAUAAUGUCAGAGGUCUGGAGCGCUUUCAGAUAUGCUCAUGUUUUAGUCACUUACUCCAUCUGCAUUGGGAAUGUUACUUUUUUUUUUUUUUACUUUUAAGCAUAUUAAAUCGGUACCAUUUAUCUCAGCUGCUGCACUCGUUCAGAGAUCUAAAUAUCUGUCUGAAAGUGAAUAAACUCAGUGCAGGAAUAGUUGACUGUGAUGAAAGCUAAUGGGGGGUCCCUGAUAUCCGAAGGCAUCUCUUGAUCCUGCUUUUUUCCACUUUAUGUGCUACUGCUUUGUUCACAUAACACCACCAGUAUGAUCUUUAUUUUAAUCUAAUGGUUUUGUUUUCUUCAGAAGUUUAAAAAACAAAUGUUGAGCUCAUGUUUGGAUUUUUUUUUUCCCACAUUUUUUUUUCUAUGAUUUUCUGCAUCAAUGUUAUAUUCAUCCUGUUUUAAUGGGAUGUCAAGUGUUUACAAUGGCAUUGACAAAAAUGGUGAAAACUUGAAUCUUAAAGACAAUUAAAACUGCUCAUCACAUCAGUCUAUUUCCAGUUUAGCUUUGCAAGGGUGGCUUUCUUUUUUUCUGGUCCGUUCUGAAUCAAGACUUGGAAAAAAAGUAACUUGUUCCCUGAUUUUGAAAUCCAAUGUUUGUAUCACUCUGUCUCCUCAGUAGUGGAUGAGAAAUGUGCAGACCAAUCAAUAAAGUAGAACAGAGCUCCACCUCUCUGAAAAGGA